AUGCAGGCUGCUCUCUUCGAGUCGGACAUUUCUCCGAAUGGCGACCCCAACCGGGUCUCCAAGCCAUGGCGAAUUCUCACGUCUUUUUCGGUAGUUUUGUUGCUCGUUGGCUACCUGAUAUUGCCGAUGGUCUUUGGGAAUGCCGAUGAUUUACGCAUUGAUAGAACUGCGACUGCCGUGGUCUCGCUGCUCUUCAUCAGCGCCUCGUAUGGCUCGUCUAUCGUCAUCGCAUUCUUCCAGCGCGGUCGCAACCUCUUCCUUCUCCGUUCGCUAUUCAGGCCUUAUCUGGCGAUCAACCUACUCGGGCUGUUCAACGUUCUGCUCAACGUCCUCGCGCGCGGUCUUUUGCCUCCGAGCGCCCUUUGUGUUGUAGGCCUCGGACUUCCCAGUGCAUUCUCGCUGGUUUAUGCUCUCGCGGCGUACUUGAUAUACCGACAGUACGGGUCAAGCCAGAAGCACCGGGCGGAAGACGGUACUCCUCUCUUGAGCGAAGAGGAAAUGCAGCGACGACAACUGCUCCGGCUGUUACAGGAAGGAGACCGUGGGUCUUUGUCGUCGGCUAGCAAGGACGAUACCUAUCGAUUGGAAGGGUUUAUCCCCGGGCUGGAACCAAUGCAGAAGACCUGGGAUCGGUUGAGCCGCCCAUCAAGAUGGAAGAGCAUGGCCUGA